AGAAAUAUAUUUUUAUGUAAUAAUUGUUACUAAUCUAUUUUUGUAAUCUGCUUUUGAUGCAAGCAACUUCUUGUCUAAUGGCAGUUGCAAACAAGUGACAGUUUCGAAACGUUACAGCAACAAUUGAAGAGCAGAAAGAAAUACGAAAAUGACGUUGCUGCAACAAUUUGCGGAUUUAUUGAGUCUGAUAACGAUAGGCAUGUGUUUUGUGUUGAAAAUACCUCAAAUAUUAAAAUUAAUUUCUGUGAAAUCAGCAGACGAAAUGUCGAUGCUAGGAUUAUUUUUAGAAUUGACAAGUUUGACUGUGAUGACUAGUUACAAUUAUACGAAUGGAUACUCAUUACUGUCUUACUUAGAAUAUCCAAUAAUAUUAGCACAGGAGUAUAUACUGAUAUUCCUUGUGCUAAAAUAUUUAAGCAGGAUCAAUAUAUGGUCCCUUGUAGGUGCUAUAAUAUAUUUUGCACUGAGCAGUUGUUUGCUAUUGGAAAUUGUUCCAAAAAUUGUUCUUACUUUUUUGGCGCCAAUGUGUACACCAAUAUCAGCUUCUAGUAAAGUUGUUCAAUUGCUAGCUAUACUUAGAGCUAAAAAUGCAGAAUCGGUAUCGCCUCUCACUUGGUUCAUAUCUGCCUUCACAAAUUUGACGAGGGUAUUUACAAUAUGGAUGGAUUCGGCUGAUAUAUUGCUGUUGACAAACUUUAUCAUCUCAGUUCUGCUCAGUUCGAGCAUCAUGUUUUCCGCCCUUUAUUAUAGAAGUCGGCCAUUGAAGCAGGAUUAAAAAAAUAACACGUGCUUGCGAUAACUGUCCGGUCUGUAUAUUUGUUGAAAAGGUAUAUUCUAUUCUAUUCCUACUAAUAAAAUAUAAAAAUUAUUCA